AUGGACGAGGAAUAUCCAGCUUAUCGAGGAGUACUCAGUUGUCUCCCUUGUUUCGAACUGGGAAGAUGGGCCAGAAGGAAAUUGAGUAAGGAUGAUCCAGAGACAGAACCACUCUUUCCAUCUCCAUCAACGGUCUUGACUCCACCCCGACGUCGUCCGGCUUUACCUAAUCUUUCUUCAUCAUCUUCUGGCUCACCACUAUGGGGCUCUGAACCUACUUCGCCUCUCAAAUCUGCUCGAGAAGUGCUGGACGUCAAUGGAAUUGCAAGCCAAAAGAAGCUGAGUAAAGAAGGUAAAGAGAAAUUAGGUAGUAUAAGCAAAGCUUAUGCGGGCCGAAUGCAAUCUCUUCAACCUCAUCUACCCUCAGCAUGCUCAACCCCUUCGGUUCCAUCUACACCUCGCAACACAACUUCUUUCCCUGUCUUGAAACCACUUUCGACUCUUGAUGGUAGAGGAUCUUCGACUGUACCAACCUCACCAUUAAGACCAUCUGUACCUAAUUUAGGUAGAUCAGCAUCGGAACCUCGUAAUCUCAGUGAUUUGGGUUUCGGUUUCGGUUUCGCACCUCAUCAAAUCCCUUUUCAAGGUUCAAUACAUGUAGGUAGAGGUAAAAGUAGAAGAAGGAGUAAUACAACUUCAGAUAGAGUGACAAUGGAUGUUGAUAGAUCAACGAUAAGAGGAAGAGGGAGAAGUCCAGGUCCAGCAAGAUUUACUCCUGUAAUACCUGAUAAUGACAUCGGUGAGCAACAGAUUGUCUCAGAAAGACAAAGAGAUGAAAAUGGCAUUAUAAGAAGUAUGUCAAAUCCAGUCUUAUCUUCUAUGAAAACAACCGAACAGAAUCAUCAAGAAAGUGGAAUACAUGAUCAAGAAGGAAGUGGAAAAGAUAAAGGGGAAAUGGUGGUGAAAAGAAAUUUAGGAUUAAGAGGGUUGAAUACAAUUCGAGGAAGAGGUGGUAAGAGGGGAAAAACAAGGAUACAAUCGGGUCGAGGAGGUGAAAUGGGCAAAAUGAAGUAA